AUGCCAGCCUUUAACUAUUCUCCAAGCCAAGAAGAGGAGAAUUCAUCAUGUUUGAAAUCUUUCCUCAACAUGUUCAACAAGAAGAAGAAUUUUGCUUCCAUUUCACACCAAGAAGUGUUGUCAUCCAACAACAACAACCACACAUGUGGCACCUUGUUCUCUUCCAUCACUAUCCACAAGCUCAAACACUUUUUCCUCAACAAGCUAUUCACCAAGAGAAACAUCAUCUUUCUUGCUCUUGUCUUCAUUUAUCUCUUUGGAGGAUUAUUGAAUAAUAUGGGUGUUCAGAUUAUGGGUUAUUACAUGCCAUUGUACAACUCUGGUUUUCUUUUGUAUGGAACCACUCUCAUGUACACGCUCUUGUUCUUGUUCACUGAAAUUGGAAUUGUUGUGGUGAAGAGAAUGAAAUGGAGUGAAAUUAAGGAUCGAUGGCUCUUGUAUGGAAAUAAGAAGUUACAAUUGGUGGUCCUUGCUUUGGGGUUCUUUACUGCAUUUAAUGGAGUUUUUGCACAGAGUGCCAUUCCUUUUGUAGAUCCAGAACUUACCGCAAUUCUUUCUCAAGUCUCUGCUCCACUCACAUGGAUUUUCUAUCCUCUCAUCAUGAAGAAGAAGUACGAAAUUGGACAAAUAGCUUCCUUUCUCAUCAUCUUGGGAGGCCUCUUAUUUGGAAGUAUCUAUUCGUAUCUGAAUGGAACUGGAAGCAACACAACUUUCUCGAAUUCUGUCUUUUGGAUUUUGAUGGCUUUGGGUAGUGCCAUUCCUACCUCUUUUGAAACCAUCUAUCAAGAAGUGGCCUACGAUAGUUACAAGGCUCCAAUUUUCGUCGUUCUAGUCUAUUACAAUCUUUUCUCUCUCGUUGUGUAUUUUGGAUGGAUGUUCAUUGUGAUGGCUCCCAAUUUUGGAAUUUGCAAUGUUCCACCUCACACUCCCUUAGGUCUUUGUUCACUCAAUGCGACUACUUGUACGAGUGUGGAACAAGUCUUCUCUCAGCAAGGAGAGGCCAUUUCAUGUUUCUUUGGACAAUAUGAAGUAUCGAGUUGUUGUGGAGGAUGGCAAGCAACUUGUUGGACAUGCAUGUUCACUCUCGGAUAUUACAUUUUCUUUGUUUCAGGAUCAUUCAUUAUUGAAAAGUUCGGAAGUAACAUGUUGGCCAAUUUGAAUGCUCUCUUGUAUCCACUCACUGCCAUCUGUUUUUGGAUUGAACCGAUUGUUGGACAAUUCUAUUCGAAACCGGAAUGGUGGAUUGGAGUUUCGUUGGCCAUUAUCACUUGUGGAAAUUUAAUGUAUGAAUGGUUUGCAAGAAGACCCUUGUAUGAGAUGGAACCUCGAUGGUUGCCUUGGAGAAAAUGGAGACAUGAAGUGAACGAAGAAAAGAGUCAUGGAGGGGGAGUUAGUGGUGUUGAUAUGGAAAAGAGAGGUCAAUAUGGUUUGGGUUUGGGUUUGGGUUUGGGUUUGGGUUUGGGUUUGGGUUUGGGUUUGGGUUUGGGUUUGGGUUUGGGUUUGGGUUUGGGUUUGGGUUUGGGUUUGGGUUUGGGUUUGGGUUUGGGUUUGGGUUUGGGUUUGGGUUUGGGUUUGGGUUUGGGUUUGGGUUUGGGUUUGGGUUUGGGUUUGGGUUUGGGUUUGGGUUUGGGUUUGGGUUUGGGUUUGGGUUUGGGUUUGGGUUUGGGUUUGGGUUUGGGUUUGGGUUUGGGUUUGGGUUUGGGUUUGGGUUUGGGUUUGGGUUUGGGUUUGGGUUUGGGUUUGGGUUUGGGUUUGGGUUUGGGUUUGGGUUUGGGUUUGGGUUUGGGUUUGGGUUUGGGUUUGGGUUUGGGUUUGGGUUUGGGUUUGGGUUUGGGUUUGGGUUUGGGUUUGGGUUUGGGUUUGGGUUUGGGUUUGGGUUUGGGUUUGGGUUUGGGUUUGGGUUUGGGUUUGGGUUUGGGUUUGGGUUUGGGUUUGGGUUUGGGUUUGGGUUUGGGUUUGGGUUUGGGUUUGGGUUUGGGUUUGGGUUUGGGUUUGGGUUUGGGUUUGGGUUUGGGUUUGGGUUUGGGUUUGGGUUUGGGUUUGGGUUUGGGUUUGGGUUUGGGUUUGGGUUUGGGUUUGGGUUUGGGUUUGGGUUUGGGUUUGGGUUUGGGUUUGGGUUUGGGUUUGGGUUUGGGUUUGGGUUUGGGUUUGGGUUUGGGUUUGGGUUUGGGUUUGGGUUUGGGUUUGGGUUUGGGUUUGGGUUUGGGUUUGGGUUUGGGUUUGGGUUUGGGUUUGGGUUUGGGUUUGGGUUUGGGUUUGGGUUUGGGUUUGGGUUUGGGUUUGGGUUUGGGUUUGGGUUUGGGUUUGGGUUUGGGUUUGGGUUUGGGUUUGGGUUUGGGUUUGGGUUUGGGUUUGGGUUUGGGUUUGGGUUUGGGUUUGGGUUUGGGUUUGGGUUUGGGUUUGGGUUUGGGUUUGGGUUUGGGUUUGGGUUUGGGUUUGGGUUUGGGUUUGGGUUUGGGUUUGGGUUUGGGUUUGGGUUUGGGUUUGGGUUUGGGUUUGGGUUUGGGUUUGGGUUUGGGCUUGGGCCUGGGCUUGGGUUUGGGCCUGGGCCUGGGCCUGGGCCUGGGCCUGGGCUUGGGCUUGGGCCUGGGCUUGGGCCUGGGUUUGGGUUUGGGUUUGGGUUUGGGUUUGGGUUUGGGUUUGGGUUUGGGUUUGGGUUUGGGUUUGGGUUUGGGUUUGGGUUUGGGUUUGGGUUUGGGUUUGGGUUUGGGUUUGGGUUUGGGUUUGGGUUUGGGUUUGGGUUUGGGUUUGGGUUUGGGUUUGGGUUUGGGUUUGGGUUUGGGUUUGGGUUUGGGUUUGGGUUUGGGUUUGGGUUUGGGUUUGGGUUUGGGUUUGGGUUUGGGUUUGGGCUUGGGCCUGGGCCUGGGUUGGGCCUGGGCCUGGGCCUGGCCUGGGCCUGGGCCUGGGCCUGGGCCUGGGCCUGGGCCUGGGCCCACCUGGGCCUGGGCCUGGGCCUGGGCCUGGCCUGGGCCUGGGCCUGGGCCUGGCCUGGGCCUGGGGCCUGGCCUCUACCACCAUCUGGGCCCUCUGGGCCUGCCCGGCCUGGGCCUGGGCCUGGGCCUGGGCCUGGCCUGGGCCUGGGCCUGGGCCUGGGCCUGGGCCUGGGCCUGGGCCUGGGGCCUGGGCCUGGGCCUGGGCCUGGGCCUGGGCCUGGGCCUGGGCCUGGGCCUGGGCCUGGGCCUGGGCCUGGGCCUGGGCCUGGGCCUGGGCCUGGGCCUGGGCCUGGGCCUGGGCCUGGGCC